AUGGCAACUACAGAUACUGCCAACUUUUAUUAUAACUUCUCCAUCAUUGAUCCCAACGAAAAUGGAAGUGAGAAUUUUCAUACAUUUACAAGAGUCUUCCUGCCCUGUAUGUAUUCGGCUGUUUUCAUCCUUGGGCUAGCAGGAAAUGCACUUGUCUUUGUCAUACUAGCUUUCUAUGAGAAACGGAAGAUGCUGACAGAUAUAUUUUUGCUGAACUUGGCCAUAGCUGACUGGGUCUUCCUUUGGACACUGCCAUUCUGGGCAUAUUCUGCUGCUCAGGAGUGGACUUUUGGCACCGUGGCAUGUCGUAUUAUACGAGGCUUGUAUACUCUGAACUUGUACACUUCAAUGCUAACUCUAACGUCUAUCACCUUUGACCGGCUUAUUGCUAUUACUUUUGCAACCAAAGCACGUAUGUGUCAAACCAAACGAAUGACAUGGGGCAAAUUAAUCUGUGUCUUGAUCUGGGUGAUCUCACUAGCAUUUGCUGCACCACAGUUUAUUUUUAGUGAGGUGUUUAGUAUUGAUAAGACAAUAUGCCAGGAAGAAUACCCAAACCAUCACACAGAAAUGGUUCUUGAAGUGAUCCAAGUGACCCUUGGCUAUUUUAUUCCCAUGCUAGCCAUGAUCAUCUGCUACUCACUAAUUAUUAGAACCUUACUGCAUGCCAGGAGUUUUCAAAAGAACAAAUCUCUAAAGAAAAUAUUUUCUGUAGUUGCCAUAUUUAUUCUUACUCAGUCACCCUACACUUUCUUGAGACUGAUAAAGAUCAUAGACUGGAGCUUUAACCUGAACAGCAGCUUUGAAUAUGCAAUCAUUAUAACAGAAGCUCUUGCUUAUUUCCACGGCUGUCUUAAUCCUGUUCUGUAUUUCUUCAUGGGGGUGAAAUUCAGGAGGAACUUACAGAAAAUUAUUAAAAAUUCAAGAUGCGUCAAACGGCAAGUUAUGGUUAAACAGUGGCAAACCACUGAAGAAGAAGGCUCUAAAACUUUUACUGCCUCCAAUAAUGCAGAUGCAACAAGCAUGUACCAGCUAUAA